CCUUGUCCCCCAUCCGAGGUAGAGCUUUUCUUCUUGGGGACUCUUUAUUUCACAAAGCGCCGAACUGAGGGCUGUUCUCCCGUCGGGUCCCUUUCUGGCGGCGGGGCUGCAGAAGGUGGCUUGUCCUCAGGCAGGGAGGAAGGAGGGUCGACCCCAGGGGCGCUGGAGGGGGCUGAGAGCCAGGCAAGGAUGCUGUCCGGAAGGAGAGCCUGGUGAAGCCGUCCAGGGUCGAGAAGCAAGAGGUCUGGGGUCCGGCCACGAGUUUCGGGAAGGAUGGGAUGUUGCACCGGGCGCUGCACUUUGAUUCUCCUCUGCACUUUACAGCUGCUCGCUGCCUUAGAGAGACAAGUUUUUGAUUUCCUGGGAUACCAAUGGGCUCCAAUUCUUGCCAAUUUCCUCCACAUCAUCAUUGUUAUCCUCGGCCUCUUUGGUACAAUCCAGUACAGGCCACGCUACAUCGUGGUGUAUGCCAUCUGGACGGCCAUCUGGGUCACCUGGAACAUCUUCAUCAUCUGCUUUUAUUUGGAGGCUGGCGGCCUUUCAAAGGACAGUGAACUCUUGACUUUUAACAUUUCCCGGCAUCAGUCAUGGUGGAGCGAAAAUGGCCCUGGCUGUGUAAGAAAGGAGACCCCCAUGGUAGGCCUCAAGGGCUUGGACAGCCAUUCCUACGUCUCUGUGAUCGGCUGUGCUUUGGAGUAUCGCUACAUUGAAGUCAUGCACAGUGCACUGCAGAUUCUGGUGGCGCUGGUGGGCUUUGUCUAUGCCUGUUAUGUUGUCAGUGUAUUUACAGAAGAAGAAGACAGCUUUGAUUUCAUUGGUGGAUUUGACCCAUUCCCUCUCUACCAUGUCAAUGAAAAGCCCUCCAACCUUUUGUUCAAGCAGACCUACCUGCCUGCGUAAGUAAAAACGAUCUAGAGGCUAGACUUGGCCUGAAGUCAGCCAUCCAGAAUUCAAACACCAGAUAUUUCAGCUGCGCAGAAAGAGAAGCAGCUGCAAAGUAAUGUCGAACACAUUCCGCUCUAAAGGACACACACACAGGAAGACUGUACUUUGACAAGUGGCCAUUCAAGGAAAUAUAUCAUUUUGCUGGCCAGCUCCUCAUUAACAUGCUGGCUCAUUAGCGGACUCACAGGUUUUGUUAUCAAUGAAUGGAAUGGGAAUAUUACUACCCUCCUCUUCACCCUUUUCUCCAUUGAGGCUCCUCAUUGAGAAUCAAAUGAGAGCAUUUUGAACAUUUCCACUGGAUUCUUUAUUUUCACAUUGCAGAAGUAAUUCCUUAACGCUUCGGGCAUUUGAAGACUUGGUGAUUAUAAAUGGUCUUAUCCUACUCUGCUCCAUGUUCCCCAAUCCCAAAUUCCAAACUAUCUCACUUGUAAUGCACAAAUUGCUAGUUGAACUCACAGAUCCUCUAGUAUUUUUCCUUAGCUAUCCUAAGUGAAAUUAUUUAGAUCCCAGUUCUCCCAGUUUUCUAGUGACCCACCCACUCCCUUUCUGCCUUCAACUGAUCUCCAUGGAUGGAAACUCUGUUGGGAUUGUUUCUGGAUUUCAAAAGACAUUUGUACAGCAGCCUUAUUCUGGAUGUCAGAUUCAUCAUCGAUUCACGAUCCCAAUUUACUGUGAUCAAACCUAAGGAGAAUGUCCUUCCCUCUACCCAAGAAAACCAAAUUGGUGCAGCAUUGCUGCCUAUGGGAGAUGUUUCAAAGCCUCACUCUGGCAAACAACUGUAGCAGUGAUGAUGCAUUGGUCCCAUAGUAUGCACAAGCUGCCUUAGACUGAAUAACAUUAAUGGUGCCACUGUCUCAGCGGUGUCAGUGGGUGUUACAACCAUUCUUAUGAACUGAGAGCAUUCAAGAUGCAYGGGACUGGACCCAUGCYCUGGCCCUGAGCCACAACCCUUCCUGGUUAUAUUCAUGUUGAUGUUAUUACAAAACCAUAGUAUGUUUUGGUCUGCAUUGCAGUGAGCCACUAAGAAUGAAGAUUGGGGGGGGGGGGGUGAAUGGAAAACCCAGAGAACUAACCGCCAUCAUUUAACCUCACAGUCAAUAUGCUGUUCACAUUGUGUGUUUGCUGCUGAUAAGUGGAAUCCUGAGGAGUGAUGAUGUUCAGGAAUCCAACCGCUCCAUCUCCAAAUGUGGUUUUCCGGACCAAAAGUCAGUAGACAUUCAAUGGGCACUUGGCAGGCCUCAUUCAACUGGGACUUUCAAGGAACAGCUCUCAUUGAAUACACCCUUGAAUUUCCUUCCUUUUUUAUAUACUUCUGAAAAACCUGGUCCCCAAAACCUACCUCUUCUGCACAAGUUGAGCUGUUUUGGCUACUUAAGCAGCAGGACUGACAGCAUGAAUAUUGGAAACAGUGGAAAGGAUAGUGUUGUUCCCAUUGGUUGCACCAGAGCAAAGUUUGCUAGAGACAUGUGUAACGUGAACUAGCCCAAAGUUUAAUGUUGUCAACUAAGCUUUUGGUGAUGGCUGGUGAGUUUGCUAGAGACAUGUGUAAAGUGAACUAGCCCAAAGUUUAAUGUUGUCAGCUAAGCUUUCGGUGAUGGCUGGUGAGUCCCAUGUUAGUGCAGUGCUGAAUUCACUCCAGGCUUUAGUCUGAACCAGUACCUUGGAUAGUUUAUUUAGAAUUCAGACUACUAUCUAGAGUAUAUUCACCAUUCCAAUGAUAUGGAAGGCACUGCAGGAACAGGCAAGCAACAGAAGUGGGAGAAGGCAAAGGCAGGAGCAGCAACCAGGACACAUCCAGAAUUUCCUGCAACACUGCAUGAACUAUGUUUGUAUCACACAUACGCAUCUCCACUCUUGCCUGCAAAAAGCUGUAACUAGCCGUAACUAUUCUAUGCUUUUCCUGUCAAGCCCUAACAGCCUGCUGCUAUCAUCAUUUAUCGGUGCUCCAUGGAAGAGGCAGUUGGUCUUGGCUGUACAGGGAAAGGAAGUGAGGUUAUUUUCCUGGAUGUCUUAUGUUUCCCUUCGCUUUACAACCCAGACUAGCUGCUCCUUUUUCCCAAUGAUGUAAGUAGCAGCAGCAAAAUACUUCCGAGGGUGGACAGCUAUAGCAGGGGGUUUUAGGUGGCUCACAAAGGGCUAGAGAAUGUCCCUUGUGCCCCAUCCAAAAUAUUAGUGUCCAACUUGGAGUUUCGUACACUUGUAACUCCGAGUAGCAUGUAUAAGCGACUCACAGGAUCCCAGCUAUCAUCUACCAUGCCUCCAAGUUCUGUUGUUCCCUCUGAGCAUAUUUGCAAGUAAAAUAGAUUUUCCAGUGACAACGACUGCUAUCCUAUGCCACUUUGAAAUCUUUAGAGAGGGGACAGGUUAUAAAUGUUUUAAUCAAUACAUCACAUCUGUGUAGCAUAAAUCUCUGUAUACGGAGUUAUGCACUGGAUAUGUUUCACCAUCCAUGUGUUGAAUAGCAAUGUGGAAGACCCAAACACACAUUCGCAUGCACACCGACACCAUAUUCACAGUUCUGUUUCUGCAAACAAAAUGAACCAAAUGGACUUAAGAAAGAAAGAAAAAAAAUCCAAACUCUUCCACAAGAGGAACUGACACAUAUGGAGGACACCAAGAGGAUUCCAGUCAGCAUACUGUGGCCCUUCUACUCUCAUUGCAAAGUAUUGGGUGGGGCGGAUGGGAGGUUGAUCUUGAUAAGGCAGGUAUGAUCCUGAAGGUUAACAAAACAGACAUGAAAAUAGCUCAAAGUGGUAUGUUGAUAUAUACAAAUGUUGCUGCCAAUGUUUUUCAAACCCCUCUUGGGAGUGUAAUUAUGGAGGACUGUUGUGACUGGACUAAUAUGUAGAAAUUUACCAGUACACCAUUGGUAAACACUGGUCUUAGAUUCUAAUAAAAGGUGAGACAAAGUUAUGGAGUUUUGGUGUAGCAAAAACUGGUGGCCACGGUGGAUAUUUUGUGUUUUGCUGCCCAGUUCCAGUUGCUGGACAACAUCAGAGAGAGAACUCUUUGCCUUCACACUUCUCAGCAGCUGACCAUUGCUGGGAACAGAAAGCUAAUCUAGUAGAUAUAUCUUUGGUCUGAUCCAGCAAGGUCCUUCAUAUUUGCUUAAGACACCCAUGAAUUACAUCUGUUGGGCUGAUACAUAACAGGCCAGUACCUGAUGCCUUUCUCCAAGUGCUUUUUCCUAGACAGGCUUGGAAGAUGACCACAAAGAAAAAGAAUCAACAUGGUAUACAGGUCUGAGUGUUUAGGAUUUCAGUCGCUGCAAAACCAAGGACAAAUUACACUUUCUCAGCUUCACAAGUGAGCACUGGCAACCCCCUCUGGAAAAAAAACCUUUCCAAGAAAGCCCCGUGAUAAGAGUCACCAUAAGGCAAAAACUAUUUGAAGACACAUAACAAGGAUAAAGUUAGUUGCAUCUCCACUUUGCCUGAAUGUUCUCCCCAGACGGUGCACACCUGUCACCAUCUCUUCAAGAUCACAUGUUUGUAUUUUGGCAGGAUGUGAUGGACCAGCUUUUCAGUGCUGGCAUUAUACCAUUGACCCCAAUUAUUUGUCAUGGGGAUAUGUGUGUGGUUUUAUAUGACAGUUACAUUGUUUGUAUCAGUUUUGUUUUUAACAUUCAUGUAUGUAAACUUUUGUAACACACCUUGAGUCUUCUCCAGAAAAGAGAGUCUAAAAAUGGAAUAAACCAUAAGCUGUAGCACA